UAAAACAGAAUUUGCCCCACCCUCUACACACUUUUGGCUGAGGAGCCUGCAGAGCUUGUCUGAACCUGCCCGCUGCUGCAGGUUUAGUGGAGACAUACCUGUACUGUGCCAUGGCUCUGUUGACCCUGCAUAGGAUCCCAUCCAUCGCCACCGCUCCCGAUGAAGGCUUCAAAAACCGAGGAAGACUUCAGAAAAGAGAGAGCUUUGCCCUUGUGAAGGGGGCUGUCCUUCAGCUGGAAGAGGGCGAGAGAGAGUGCCUUGACGAGGAGACCUCUCCAGGGAAAGAACGUGAUGAAGCGUCAGACAAACGCCACAGGCAGAUUCAUGCCAUGGUGGAACAGCUCAGACCAGAAGAUACAAUCAAGCUGGCAGUGCAGUUGGAGUCCAUCAGCUCGGUCAGAGUCAGAUAUCUGAUCGUUGUCUCCACCCUCGGAAACAAACAGGAGAGCAUCCUGCUGGGAAUGGAUUUCCCCAACUCAGACAGUGAUCAGUGCACCAUCGGCCUGGUUCUUCCUGUAUGGAGCGACACACAGGUUUACCUGGACGGAGACGGUGGUUUCAGUGUGACCUCAGCUGAAGAGUCCAGAAUUUUUAAGCCUGUUUCCAUGCAGACCAUGUGGUCAGUGUUGCAGGCGUUGCACGGCUGCUGUGAGCGGGCAGUGAAUGCCGCUGUGAUCCCAGGAAAUGGCCUCGAGUGGGCCGAACACUAUCACCAACACAUCAAGUCAGACCGGUUCUGCCUCAACGAGUGGGAGGCCAUGAACGACCUGGAGUCGGUCCGCAGGGACAGUGAUGGACAGACCUCUGCAGAACGGACUUCUUGUGAAGGACUGAUCAAAGAGCACCUGAGAGACAUCAUGAGGACUGAAGACCUGGAUAACCUCACAUCUAAAAUGGUGCACUCUGCCCUGAAGACCAGGAUCGGCUUCGACAUGAGACCCUAUACGGAGUACAUUGACAAUGAGAUCCUGGUCACCAUGGCUCAGAUGGACAAACCCUCCAAAAUAUUUGACCACCUUUAUCUGGGCUCUGAGUGGAACGCAGCUAACUUCGAGGAGCUGCAGAAAAACAAUGUGGGCUAUAUUCUAAAUAUAACGAGGGAGAUCGACAACUUUUUCCCAGAGUCCUUCAUUUAUAUGAACAUCAGAGUGUAUGAUGUAGAAGCCACCGACCUGCUGUUUCACUGGCCGGACACGUACAACUUCAUCAACACUGCAAGAAGAAGUGGACAGGCGGUGUUGGUGCACUGUAAGAUGGGUGUUUCUCGAUCUGCAUCUACUGUGAUUGCAUAUGCCAUGAAGCAGGAACGCUGGACUAUGGAUGUGGCGAUGAACUAUGUUAGAGACCGCCGGUCCAUCAUAAAGCCCAACGAGGGCUUCAUGAAACAGCUCCAGACCUACAAUGGCAUCCUCGUUGCAAGCCAGCAGCGCCACAGCGCUCUCUGGAGGCGAAAGUCUAGAGACCAAAGGCAAAAGUCGGUGCGCAACAAGGAGGAAGGAGAGGAAGAAAAGCCAGAGGACAAAGAAGAGGAAGAGGAAGAGGAGGAUGAUGAUGAGGAACUUGAAUUUGACGAGGAGGAUGAGGAGAGUGCAGAUGAAAAAGAAGAUUCAGCAGAAGAUACUGAGGUGUUUACUGGGCCCUCACAGAUGUCUGACACCAACCAAGGACCCAGUCAGAUGGGACCAACUGAUGCCAGUCCUGUAAUCACAAUAAAUGAACCAGACAAGGUUGCUGCAAGUGUUAAUCGCAGUGGCAGGAUGAACCUCUUCUCCCUCAUGCAGUCCAUCAGUGACCUGGAUGAUGUGGAUAAAGGACAGCUGCCUGGCAGCCCAAGGCGGUCUCCACGGCAGCGGAGACGUAGCCAGGGGAGACGGGGUCUCUCUCACCAAAGGGCAUGUGUGGAUGUUUCACCUGAACCAGGGAGUUUGCGGGACAGCGGACAAAGUGAACCCUAAAGUGAUCAAAGCGGUGAGAGAGCAGCGAUUUACAGGAGGGAGGGAGACGAGAAGGGGAGAAAACACAUUUGAUGAUGGAGUCCACACCUGAAUAAUGUGCUCCAGUAACAUGCCAAGGUUCCUUUAUACACGAUAAGUUCUGGCUUUUUGUUUCGAUUUUAUAAGCUUUAAUUUAUGUUUUUUCAUUUCUUUGUUCACUUUUCAUCAAAGUGUAAAUUGUAUUGUGUUUUUGUAUACUAUCUUCAGAACAUAACUUACCACAUUUAGAAGAACAGGUCUCUCCCUCUGUGGUGCGUCUCCCUUGUUCCGUACUUUGGCUCUUCUGUCAUCACUCCAGAGAUAUCUAUGCAAUUACUGUUCUCCUUUCCUUUGUUAAUGUGAUGCUGUAUGCUGCUGAUUCAAGGCAGACCGUUUUAAAUGUGUCUUAUAUUCUUAUCAGAAGUCUUUUCCAGGUUGUCCACAGACGGGACAAAUUCACUGUAUCCAAGCUGUUUAUUAAUUACCAAGUCAGUGCCAGUUUAAUGGCAUGAAUCUGUUUGCCAAACAAUUUAUUCCUAUGUGCCAAUGAAUAUAUAUAAUGUUUUCAAUCUUUAUUGUCAGUACUUUGUUAGAAAAGGAAUGUCUUUUUUCUUUUAAUCACCAGGACUGUAUGAGUGCCUUCAGCCUGAGAAACAUGACCCUGUGAUGGUGUUUUUAAUGGUUUUACUACAAUGUGGAGGCUGUAUAUUGUUUGUAUCCUCUGCUGUUUCUCACUUGGUGUGAUUGCAGUAUAAAUGUAAUUCCCAAAGUUAUGCAUGUACACGUAAUGCGUAUGUAACUGCUGAUUUCCUGUGAGCAUGUUAAUUGUUUUUAUACCGACAUGCAAGACCAACUUGUUCAGGGUUUUCUGUAUUUAUAUAUACCUUCUUAUGGGUAAAUUAUUCAGUACACUGUUUUAAAAUCUGAGGAUCACUCGAUGCUGAUGUAUGAAUAUUCCCAUUUUAAGCUAA